CGCCAUGGCCCGCGCGCUGCUGCUGCUCCUCACCGCCCUGGGCGCCGCCGGCCAAGGCCAGGUCCCGCUCGGCGGAGACCUGGCCCCGCAGAUGCUGCGGCAGCUGCAGGAGACCAACGAGGCGCUGCGGGACGUUCGGGAGCUGCUGCGGCAGCAGGUCAAGGAGAUCACAUUCCUGAAGAACACGGUGAUGGAAUGCGACGCGUGCGGGAUGCAGCCCGCGCGCACGCCGGGCCUGAGCGUGCGGCCGCUCCCGCUGUGCGCGCCCGGCUCCUGCUUCCCCGGCGUGGCCUGCACGGAGACCGCGAGCGGCGCGCGCUGCGGGCCCUGCCCCGCGGGCUUCACCGGCAACGGCUCGCACUGCACCGACGUUAAUGAGUGCACCGCGCACCCCUGCUUCCCCCGCGUCCGCUGCGUCAAUACCAGCCCAGGGUUCCGCUGCGAGGCCUGCCCGCCCGGCUACAGCGGCCGCACCCACGAGGGCGUGGGGCUGGCCUUCGCCAGGGCCAGCAAACAGGUUUGCACGGACAUUAACGAGUGUGAGACCGGGCAGCACAACUGCGUCCCCAACUCCGUGUGCAUCAACACCCGGGGCUCCUUCCAGUGCGGCCCCUGCCAGCCCGGCUUCGUGGGCGACCAGGCCUCGGGCUGCCAGCGGAGCUCGCAGCGCUCCUGCCCCGACGGCUCACCCAGCCCGUGCCACGAGAAGGCCGACUGCGUCCUGGAGCGCGACGGCUCGAGGACGUGCGUGUGCGCCGUCGGCUGGGCCGGCAACGGGCUCCUCUGCGGCCGGGACACGGACCUGGACGGCUUCCCGGAUGAGAAGCUGCGCUGCUCCGAGCGGCACUGCCGGAAGGACAACUGCGUGACCGUGCCCAACUCGGGGCAGGAGGACGUGGACCGCGAUGGCGUGGGAGACGCCUGUGACCCGGAUGCGGAUGGGGAUGGGGUCCCCAAUGAGCAGGACAACUGCCCGCUGGUGCGGAACCCGGACCAGCGCAACUCGGACAGCGACAAGUGGGGCGACGCGUGCGACAACUGCCGCGCCCAGAAGAACGACGACCAGAAGGACACGGACCGGGACGGCCGGGGGGACGCCUGCGACGACGACAUCGACGGGGACCGGAUCCGAAACGAAGCGGACAACUGCCCCCGGGUGCCCAACGCAGACCAGAAGGACAGCGACCGCGACGGGGUAGGGGACGCCUGCGACAACUGUCCGCAGAAGGACAACCCGGACCAGAGGGACGUGGACCACGACUUCGUGGGAGACGCGUGUGACAGCGACCAAGACCAAGACGGGGAUGGGCACCAGGACUCCCGGGACAAUUGUCCCUCAGUGCCGAACAGCGCCCAGCAGGACUCAGACCACGACGGCCAGGGCGACGCAUGUGACGAGGACGAUGACAACGACGGAGUCCCCGACAGUCGGGACAACUGUCGCCUGGUGCCCAACCCGGGCCAGGAGGAUUCAAAUGGGGACGGCGUGGGCGACGUGUGUCAGGACGACUUCGACGCCGACAAGGUUGUGGACAAGAUUGACGUGUGUCCGGAGAACGCGGAGGUCACCCUCACCGACUUCCGGGCCUUCCAGACGGUCGUGCUGGACCCGGAGGGGGACGCGCAGAUUGACCCCAACUGGGUGGUGCUCAAUCAGGGCAUGGAGAUCGUGCAGACCAUGAACAGCGACCCGGGCCUGGCCGUAGGUUACACGGCCUUCAAUGGCGUGGACUUCGAGGGCACGUUCCACGUGAACACCGCCACGGACGACGACUAUGCGGGCUUCAUCUUCGGCUACCAGGACAGCUCCAGCUUCUACGUGGUCAUGUGGAAGCAGAUGGAGCAGACGUACUGGCAGGCCAGCCCCUUCCGCGCGGUGGCCGAGCCGGGCAUCCAGCUCAAGGCGGUGAAGUCCGUCACGGGCCCCGGCGAGCAGCUGCGGAACGCGCUGUGGCACACGGGGGACACCGAGUCCCAGGUGCGCCUGCUGUGGAAGGACCCCCGCAACGUGGGCUGGAAGGACAAGACGUCCUACCGCUGGUUCCUGCAGCACCGGCCCCAAGUGGGCUACAUCAGGGUGCGGUUCUAUGAGGGCCCCGAGCUGGUGGCCGACAGCAACGUGGUCCUGGACACCACCAUGCGGGGCGGCCGCCUCGGGGUCUUCUGCUUCUCCCAGGAGAAUAUCAUCUGGGCCAACCUCCGGUACCGCUGCAACGACACCAUUCCGGAAGACUACGAGGCCCAGCGGCUGCGCCAGGCCUAGAGACCCCUGUGCCGGCCCUGAUGAGGGAAGGCCUCACCGCGCCUGGCGCGGAGCCGGCGCCAGCCGCGGGGCGGCCCCCGGGGGCCGGGAGAAGGGCGCAGAGGCCAAUAAAGUAUGCGAGGGGGCGA